AGGCAGGGCUAACGCGGACGGGCCAAUGGCGGAGGGCAGCCCGUGCCUGCGCGGCUGAGGCGAGAGGAGCUGCAAGGAGUGGCGGACGGCGCGGGCGAGUGCGCGAGCGACGGCUGGAUGUGCACCCGAGCGCUGCGGAGCAAAACAGGUCGAGGAGCGAGCACGUAGGCGGGGGAGAGCGAGACCCAGAGAGCGACGGGCGGAGCGCCGCAAAAGAGGAGAGCGCAUCUUCUAGAGACGGAGACGGACGAACAGCCAGAUACCAUGAACAACAUCACGACCACUACAAACCCAAGCAAUCUCUCGGACGCUGUCCCCAUUUACGGCACGUCGUUCCAAGUCCAGGAAGUCUACCCGUUCCACGAUGGCUGGAAUGUGGCCUGCUUUAUCAUCCUUCUGCUCUUCAUCCUCACCGUCCUGUCUCUGGCUGCCCUGGCUGUGCUCUACGAGCUACUGGACUGUGGGUGCUGUGCCAAAGGGAAGACGCACCACCAGCUACAGCAAGAGGGUCCGGGAAGCUGCAGCAAACUAAUGACCAGCCUUUGCAAGGAGCCAGAAUCGCACACGGAGGUGGUGUAGAAGGAGCCAUGACCAAUGGAAAGGAGAAGUAGAAAUUGGGGGUUGAUUGCUGAACUGGGCAAUAUCAGAGUGCUGACAUAGACCUUCUAAAUUGGCCUACUAGUGGUUCAGCUGGUCGCUGUGGAGCGUGUGGGAGUAGAGACGAGAUUAACACACAAAGAUGAAAGGAACGGUGCAGUCUUUUCACAGAUUAGGAGAGUAGGCUUUCGACUUCACACAUUUACACCACUAGCACUUGACCCACAGAGUAGAGCCUAAAAUAUCCCACAAAAGACCCACAAAGACCCUAAAAGCCAUAUUUUAUACUAGAAACAUCAGUUCAUGGACUCAUGGUGUGUUCACACACACACACACACACAAAGGUGUAGAUCUGGGCUUGAGGUGUUGUUGUUGAGAAUGUAAUUUGGAAUUUGUCUGAUGCAUUAUUAGUAAUUUUAUGUUUAUAACUAUUGCUUUUUUUCUAAUCUGGGUCACUUCUAAAUAAUACAUCUAAGAUAAUAGGGAAACUGCAUCAGCUUUUCUUCUGUUUGCUUUAGAGUUGCUUAAUGUCAGGUAGAAUAACUGACUCUGUGCUUUGGCUACUUCAAUAAUGUAAACAUGUAAACAUGACUAGGUCGAUUGGGUCUCACCCGGCAAUAGCCAGAUUCCAUUAGAUGAUCUGAAUCAAGCGUAUUCUUGUAGUGUAGCUUGGCUCCUGCCAUUGCUAUGUGGCAGCAAAUGCGCUUUGCCUGGGCCAGCUGUCACCAGCCCAGGAUGUUGUAUCUGUACGUGCGAACGUCCUGAUCAAACACAAAUCUGCAACCCUUAACAACACGGGCUGUCACAGAAUGCAUCACAUGUUAAUACAACAAAACCAGUAAGACCCAGAGGGACUUUUCUUGUCAAAUGUUGCCUGUAGGACUGAAAUAUUCUAGUUUCUCCAAAGGGUCUGACAACAAAUGCAUUUAUUAAGCUUAGCUGGAAAUCAUCCCUGCUUUGAGCAAAGCCUGUGUUUUUUUUUCAGUAACUUGUACCAGUGCUGUCAACGUGUUAAGCAAGUGACACUUUGUUGCUGCACAUUAAUGUACUGUAUCAUGUCUUAUUGAGCACAGUGUAUGGUUUUUUUAUGCCUUAGCACAAAAUGCCUAAUAAACUGUUGCACAAUUA